AUGCCUCGUUUAUCUCCAGAAGUGGUUGUUCUAUGUUUGUAUAAUAACUCUUUGUCUGGGCCAAUUUCUCCUCUCUUGUGCAACAAAAUGAGCAACAAAAGCAAUUUGAUCGACUUGGACAUGGGUUAUAAUCAUUUAUCUGGAGACCUCACAGAUUGUUGGAAUGAUUGGAAAUCAUUGGUUCAUGUUGAUUUAGGAUACAACAACUUAACAGGAAAGAUUCCUCACUCUGUGAGUUCUUUGUCCAACCUUCGAUUUUUAUACCUAGAAAGCAAUAAGUUGUUUGGUGAGGUACCUGUCUCACUUAAAAAUUGCCAAAAUCUUUGGAUACUUGAUCUCGGUCACAACAACUUUUCUGGAGAUAUACCAAACUGGUUGGCACAAAGUGUGAAAGGUCUUAAACUCAGAUCCAAUCAUUUCAGUGGAAAUAUUCCCACACAACUCUGUCAACUUCGUUCUUUGAUGGUGAUGGAUUUUGCAAGUAAUGGAUUGUCAGGAGCAAUACCCAAUUGCUUGCAUAACAUCACAACCAUGCUUUCUAGCGAUGCAUCAACUCGUGAAGUCGGUUAUACCCUUAAUUUACCAAGUUUAACAUUGAACUAUCUUUGUAGUAUUACCAUGCUUAUAAAAGGAAAUGAGUUAGAAUAUUUUCAUUUGAUGAAUGUGAUCGAUCUCUCGAAUAACAAAUUGUCAGGAAGUGUGCCUUUAGAGAUGUAUAUGCUCACUGGAAUACAAUCCUUGAACUUGUCGCAUAACAUGUUGAGUGGCACAAUACCAAAAGAGAUUGGCAACUUGGAACCCUUGGAAUCCAUUGAUUUCUCAAGAAACUUUUUCUCAGGAGAAAUUCCUCAGACUAUGUCUUCCUUGCAUUACCUUGAGGUCUUAAAUUUGUCUUUCAACAAUUUCAAUGGAAAAAUCCCAUCAGGGACCCAACUUGGUUCUUCAAACCUUAGCUAUAUGGGCAAUUCUGGCCUCUGUGGAUUUCCACUUUCAAAGAUAUGCCCAGAAGAUGAAAUAUCCCACAAUACAAAAUCCAUUGGAGAAGAAGAAGGUGAUGAAUCUGAAGUACAUUCUAUGUUCUACAUGGGCUUGGGAAUUGGAUUUGCAGUACGAUUCUGGGGAGUUCUUGGCACCAUUUUCUUCAACAGGAGAUGCAGACAUGCUUAUUUUAGAUUUUUGCAUCAGAUUUAUGACUUUACCAUCCAAAAGAUGUUACAAAUCUAUUACUUUUAG